GCCCGUUGGCGUCGUGUCGGGGUGCGGCCGGCGGCCUCCCCGCCUCCCUCCCCGCCGCCCCUUAGGGCCCGGACAUGGUGCCCGGGCCCCACACCGCCCGGCCGCUCGGACCCCAGCGCCUAGGCUGACCGGUAGCCCACGAGGUUCCGGCGCCCACGGGCGCAGGGGAAGGAGCCAUGGCGGCGGACGACAAAGUGGCCAUCCUGACGGACGACGAGGAGGAGCAGAAGCGGAAGUACGUGCUGGCCGACCCCUUCCACGGGGCCUCCGGGGACCCCGGGCCGCAGACUCCGGGGGAGGCUCCCCCCUUGACGGAGGAGGACGGGGGGCCGGCGGCGGCCCCGGGCCCGGGGGAGGAGGAGGAAGCGGCGACGGCGGAGGAGGAGGACUGGAUGGAGAAGCACUGCGUCAAGGUGAACAAUGACCUGCUCAUCUCCAAGGUCUUCUACUUCUUCUUCUACUCGGCCUACGGGUCGCUGUACCCGCUGCUCCCCGUGUACUACAAGCAGCUGGGCAUGUCCCCGAGCCAGAGCGGCCUCCUGGUCGGCAUCCGCUACUUCAUCGAGUUCUGCAGUGCUCCCUUCUGGGGUGUGGUGGCCGACCGCUUCCGAAAGGGCAAGGCUGUGCUCCUCUUCUCCCUGCUCUGCUGGGUCCUCUUCAACCUGGGCAUCGGCUUCGUCCGCCCGGCCACCCUACGUUGCGUGCCCAGGUGGCCGCCCGCGCCCCCGCCCCCCUCCAACGCCAGCCCGCCGCUGAGCCCGGCCCCGCCGCCCAGGUCUGGGCCGCCGCCCCCCGCCCGGGGCCAGAGGAGCCUGCUCACUCCCGAGUUCUCCCUGCCGCGGGUGGCCCGGAGCAUCCUGAACACCACAGACCCGGUGGGCCUGCUCGUCACCAGCGCGAUGCCCCAGGCCGAAAACACGACCCCGACGACCGCGGCCACCUCUACGUCCACCACGACGGCCACCGCGGCGGCCCCGUCGUCCGCGGCGGCCCCGUCGUCCCCGGUGGUCACGACAUCCACGGCGGCCCCAUUGCCCACGGCGACCACGACGUCCACGGCGGCCCCGUCGCCCACGGCGACCACGACGUCCACGGCGGUCCCGUCGUCCGCGGCGACCGCCGCGGCCACCUCCAAGGCCCCGCCGUGGGACGGCGUGAGCCUGGUGUACGACCAGCAGGAGGUGGAGGCCAUCUUCCUGCUCAUCCUGCUGGUGGUCAUCAUCGGUGAGUUCUUCAGCGCGUCGUCGGUCACCAUCGUGGACACGGUCACCCUGCAGUACCUGGGCAAGCACCGCGACCGCUACGGGCUCCAGCGCAUGUGGGGCUCCCUGGGCUGGGGGCUGGCCAUGCUGGCCGUGGGCAUCGGCAUCGACCACACCCACGUGGACGUGCCCGUGGUGGGGACGGGCUGCCGGACCCCCGAGGCCAAGAACUACCAGGUGGUCUUCAUCGUGUUCGGCGUCCUCAUGACCCUGGCCCUGGUCGUGGCCACGCAGUUCCGCUUCCGCUACGGCCCCGGCCGGGGGGCGGGGGCGGCCGGGGGGGCGGGGGGCGGGGGUCCCGCGGCCUCCCCGGCGGACGCCCCCGCGGACGCCGGCCGACCCCGGGCCUUCAGCUUCUGGGACCUGAUCAAGCUCCUGUGCAGCGUCCAGUACGGGUCGGUGCUGUUCGUGGCCUGGUUCAUGGGCUUCGGCUACGGCUUCGUCUUCACCUUCCUGUACUGGCACCUGGAGGACCUGAACGGGACCACCACCCUGUUCGGCGUCUGCUCCAUCCUCAGCCACGUCUCCGAGCUCACAGCCUAUUUCUUCAGCCACAAGCUCAUCGAACUGAUCGGCCACAUCAGGGUCCUGUACGUGGGGCUGGCCUGCAACACCGCCCGCUACAUCUACAUCUCUUACCUGGAAAACGCCUGGACCGUGCUCCCCAUGGAAGUUCUGCAAGGGGUCACCCACGCCGCCAUCUGGGCGGCGUGCAUCUCCUACCUGAGCGCGGCGGUGCCCCCGGACCUGCGGACGUCGGCGCAGGGCAUCCUGCAGGGCCUCCACCUGGGCCUGGGCCGCGGCUGCGGGGCCAUGGUCGGCGGCGUCCUGGUCAACUACUUCGGGGCCGCCGCCACCUUCCGCGGGAUCGGCAUGGCCUGCCUGGUCACCCUGCUGCUCUUCGCCCUGAUCCAGUGGCUCGCAGUUCCGGACGAGGAGGAAGAUAAGAGCAGGCUGGCCGAGAGGAUCCCAGUGCCGUCCAGCCCGGUGCCCAUAGCCACCAUCGACCUGGUCCAGCAGCUGGCGGACGAUGCCCCGCCGCGCCCCGACAGCCGCCUCCCGCUCAGGAAGUCCAAGCACCAGGAGGACCAGGAGGAUGUCAACAAGCCCGCCUGGGGGGUCAGCCCAUCCCCCUGGGUCACCCUCCUCUACGCGCUCUGCCAGAUCCGGGAGCUGGUCCAGCAGGCCCGCGGACCCCACCCCGCCGAGACCCGACCACUGCAGGCCCCCAGCCCCUCUCGUCUGUCUGCGCAGGGGACCAGUGAAGCCUCCACCCCCUGCGGGCCGUCCGGAGACGCCCCCCGCCGCCAAGACACCAACGCCGCCGCUCCUCCGGCCCGGCCCCCUCCCCCCGCCGCGGACCCCGCCCAGACCCCCGCCGCCACCCGCUGAGCCCGCGCCCCACGGUGCCCACGGACUCUGC